CUCGCCAUCCCGCACGAAUCCACAACGGUUUGUUGGAGGGAGCUUACCUGCGCCUACGCUACAGAUACGAAUUGCCAUUUUAUCCCAUUCUCCAGAUCCAGCACCUCCAAAUUCCUUCGCCCGAUCAAUAACCGCUCUACUUGCGACGCCCUCAUACCAGCUGUUCACUGCUCAAUCGCGUGCAUUGAAUCAUCCUCUCCCUUCGUCCAAUCAUUCCUCUCUUUCAGCGAAUCGGCAAGCUACUCGCUCACUCUCCAUCUUCGAUCCCUACCUUACAUUUCCCCUCACGGACGAACAAUACUUCUCUCCUCCCACCGCGCCGCUGUGGUACCGCAGUACUAUCGCCGGGUUUCUGUUGUCGGUUCCCAAUACUUUGACUGUCAUUCAAUCUAUAAGCUACUGUCAAUGUCCUCAACAAUACAACCUCGUCCGGAAUGCUUUUACGACUCCCUAAGAAUCUCCACUACCCUCUUACGCUCACCAAAGUCGAGAAGCGAGUAGGCGAAUAUGUUACCCGCAACGAUGACUUAUUCCUCUAUUCCUACACGACCAAAGUGAAAGAGGGCAGUCGCUAUGGCGACGAAGAAGAAGAGGUUGAGAGGAAGUUUGUCACACAUUUUCCCAGCACUCUCGAAGGUACAAUCAAGGGAUGGAGGGUGUGGGAAGGCGAUGUCUUGACACAUCCGUGAGUGUUUCGAGGAACACGCGCUAUCCGGUUGCUGACGCGCGCAGUAUUGAUAUAUGUGAAAUUGAAGAGGAGUGUCCACAUGAAAUGCAAUACCUAGGCAUGUGUACAAACUGCGGCAAGGAUAUGACCACUGUUCAAGCAGGCAGCGACACCACGGACGCCGAUCGCGCACCCAUCCGCAUGACCCACGACACUCCGCAUUUGACUAUCAGCAAAGAGGAGGCAGGCAAGAUCGAUGAAGAAGCAAAACACCGUCUGUUGUCCUCCCGGAAGCUCUCACUGGUGGUCGAUCUGGAUCAGACUAUCAUCCACGCCGCGGUCGAUCCCACAAUAGCGGAAUGGAUGAAAGAUAAAGACAAUCCUAAUUAUGAAGCUGUCAAGGACGUCCGCUCAUUCCAGCUCGUGGAUGACGGGCCGGGCAUGCGAGGUUGUUGGUACUAUAUCAAGCUAAGACCCGGUCUCGAGGAUUUCCUUGACCAUAUCUCACAACUCUACGAGCUGCAUAUCUACACAAUGGGUACGCGACAAUAUGCCCAACAGGUCGCCAACAUUGUUGACCCUCAUCGCAAGUACUUUGGCGACCGUAUUCUUAGCCGAGACGAAAGCGGAAGUAUGGUCGCAAAGAAUCUCGAAAGACUAUUCCCGGUCGACACCAAAAUGGUGGUCAUCAUCGAUGAUAGAGGCGAUGUAUGGAAGUGGAGUGCCAACUUGAUUCGUGUUACUCCCUUUGAUUUCUUCGUGGGAAUUGGUGACAUCAACUCUAGCUUCCUGCCCAAGAAACAAGAAAUCCAGAGCACGCCAAAGGCGGAAGUAAAAGAGCCCAUUGAAAAUGGCGCAGAAAACAAAGUAAACGGAGAUCAAGAAUCCAACGGCCUUGCUGAGGACGGGACUUCUAGCCUUCAGGAAGGAACAUCUGCCUUGGAACAGCUUAUGGCAAUGAGCGGCAGUGAUGAUCCGGCGGUUCGAGAAUUGCAGACGAAAGGACAGGAGGAGCUCAUCCAUUCGCAACUGGAAGACAAACCUCUUCUCAAGAUGCAACUAGAGUUGGACGAGAAAGACGAAGCUGACGCAGCCGUCAAUGGCGAUACAGCUGGACCGCAAUCCACCGAAUCUGAUUCCAGCGAGUCAUCGGAAUCGUCAGAAACAGGCGCGGCCACACCCAAACAUAAACCGCGCCACAGCAUCCUAAGAAAUGAUGAUGAAGAGCUAGUACAUCUGGAGUCCAGCCUAACUACAGUACAUUCAGCAUUCUUCGCGGAGUAUGAUCGAAAGCGGCUGGGUGGCAAGGGGGGUCGAGUGGCCGAAUUGAUCGGAAAGAGAAAAGCACCUCUGCCUCAUGGCGAUGACGACCAAGGGAACUCUGUGGACUUGAUGUUCGUGCCCGACAUCAAGAAAGUCAUGCCUGCCAUGAAGAUGAAGGUCUUUUCCGGCGUGAUUAUUGUGUUCAGUGGGGUGCUGCCCCUGGGGACCGAUAUCCAAAGUGCCGACAUAAGCACAUGGGCAAAGACCUUCGGAGCAAGAAUAACAGACAAAGUUUCUCGAGAAGUCACUCAUGUUGUUGCCGCACGGCCCGGAACUGCCAAGGUCAAGCAAGCCGUAAAGCGUGGAAUCAAGGUGGUGGGUACUCCUUGGUUGAUCGAGUCGAUGCAGCAAUGGCGGAGACUUGAUGAAAAACCAUAUCUGCUAGAAGGCGCCGGAAAACAGAGACAUGAAACAUUAAGCGAGGCGGCCGAUCUUCUGGAUAAGUCCAACGCUGGUGCGAGCGACCUCCUGAGCUCUUCCGAAGGUGAGUCCACGGGUCGAGACACAGAAGAUGAUCAGCCAGCAAGAAAGAAAUUGAAGUUGGACAUCAAGAGGGACAAGAAUCCCGAAGACGAAGAAGAUGACGAGUUGAUCGACGAUGGCAGCCCAAUCACCAUCAAUCAAGAUGAGUGGGCGGAUAUUGACGCCGAGUUGAAGGAGUUCAUGGGCAGUGAUGCAGAGAGUGAGAGCGACACCGAUUCCGUUAGUUCAGCACUGAGCUUUCGGGAACGUCGCGCCGGGAAGAGAGGGCGUGACGAAGACCAUGAAGAUGAACAGACUGUUGGUGCUGCAGACCGCUCUCAACCCGCAAAGAGGAGUGGAGCUGGCAGUGCUCUGAAGACAGUCGCAAAUAUGAGCAGUGAGCGAGGUACGGACGGCAGCAAUACACCGAACACGGAGCAAAGAGAUGAGCAAAUCAGAGAAGAACAACGAGAAGUCGAGGCAGCACAGGAACGUGAGGAGGAGGAAGUCGAAGACUCUGAUGACGAGUUGGCCCGAGAAUUGGAGCGGGAACUUGAAGAGGCUGACGCUGAAGAAGAGUUAUAGGCCCAAGGAAGAUGAAUGAUGGUACUCAAUGGCUUGCUUAUAUAGCACGAGCCUCUGGAAUCCUGUUCUGUGCGAUGUCAUUGAAAUACAAAUUUGUUGGUCAGCAUAGCGAGGCGUCUGGACGAGCACGUGCUCAAUGCAUACAUUCAGGAUAUCACCAUAGCACAGCAAAGCAUGUCAUAUAGCAUGCAAGGGCUGCCCAAGACCACGAGUACGAAUGAGCAAUGAAGAAGAUGCCACAACAUGUUGCUGUGUCUGGUCAAUGCCACCAUGAUCUGUUUUCUCCCUUCUAUUGUUGGCGUCCAAUUGCACCGGCAAAAUAUUAUUCCGUCCGUC